AACUCGUCCCAUAAAUCACAGGCUUCCUUCCUCUCUAUCAUUCAAUAUAUUAUGAACAGCUGGGCAGACUAUUCCCACUUAGAAUCCAUCAAAAUGCUUAUACUAAUGCCUGUUGCCUUGGAAGUCCUUGUCAUACACAGGCCACCACACGCUCACCUGCAAGAAGCACCAAGAACCACUUGACAGAUAUUGCCUAACCAACACGGAUAAGAUUUAUUGCUUGAUCAUAUGGAUAUGGGAAUUAUUUUUACUGGGUUGUGCUCGUUUUGGAUGGCUUGUAAUUGGCAUUGUUGGUAUUCGUUUCAGAAACCUUGGCUUGCUCCGAUUGGGCGAUGCAUCCUACGUUGCAGCUAAUUUGUUUCUUCCAAUAGUAGUGACUUGAUGUGGGAUAUUCGUUGGGCGUCUAGAUUUUUCUAGACUACUGGUAGCGAUUCUUUACAUUUUUUGGGGGUUAUAUAAAUGUGGAUGUGAGAUUGUUUUUAGAUUUGAGCUUGGUUGUGAGUGAGAAACAGCUGUUGGGGGAUUUUUGGUGUGAUGGAGAAGGUAUUGUUUGAUUCAAAGUUGGAGCUGGCCUUGUUCUUAGGGAGGAGGACAUGCUCAAAACCAUCGAUCAGUCCCAGGGGCGACCUAAGAUUCUCAGAAAAAGUGUGUUCCGUUCGAGAGAGAGGCUUUCAGGUGAAGGUUUCUUAUUCGAUUGCUAGAACAUCUACUGAAGAUAUCGAUUCCAUAGCCCCAAAAAGGUUAUUGAAAAGUGAUUCUUCUAUUAUAAAUGGAUCAAAAGUUGCUGCUUGUCUAUGGCCGUCUCCCACAGAGAAUUAUGUACUCGAUGCUUAUGAAGAUGAGUAUGGAGGAAUCAUCAUCAAAUCAGAGGGGUUGCCUUGGAAUGCAAAUAUCUUUGCUUCUGCCCUGCAACAAUCUCUUUCCCACUGGAAAGUAGAGGGAAAGAAAGGGAUAUGGUUAAAGUUGCCAUUGGAUCGCUCUGAGCUUGUUCCUAUUGCAGUUAAGGAGGGAUUCGAGUACCAUCAUGCGGAGCAAACAUACAUAAUGCUAACAUAUUGGAUUCCUGAAGGAACUUGCUUGCUUCCUGCCAAUGCAUCACAUCAGGUUGGGGUUGGGGGUUUUGUUGUCAAUGAUAAAAAUGAGGUGCUUGUGGUGCAAGAGAAGUAUAGUGCUUCAACAUUUGCAGGUCUUUGGAAACUACCUACAGGGUUCAUCCUUGAGUCUGAGGAGAUCUUUGCUGGAGCUGUGAGAGAGGUCAAGGAGGAAACUGGAAUCAAUACAGAAUUUGUGGAAGUGGUUGCUUUUAGGCAUGCACACCACCUGGCGUUUGGAAAAUCAGAUCUAUUUUUCAUCUGCAUGCUGAGGCCUUUAUCAAGCCAGAUUAAGAUUGAUGAGCUAGAAAUACAAGCAGCCAAGUGGAUGCCUCUCACUGAAUUCGUGGAGCAACCAUGCAUUCAGGACGACAACAUGUUCAAGAAAAUUAUCGACAUAUGCGUCGCACGGCUUGGUAAGCGCUACUGUGGCUUAGCGGCUCACCCGGUGAUCUCAAAAUUUGAUGGGAGAUCAUCUUCAUUGUACUAUAAUGUGGUGGAGCCUCAGGAUUUCAACUGCCAAGGAACUUGAAAGGCAUGAAUUGUUCUACUUUCUUGUUGCCAUGCGUCGAAUAAGCUUGGAUGAAGGUGAAGAAAUCAUAAUCCUGGAGCUGUUCUGCCCGAGUGGUAGCACUGGCAUCCAAUCCCAGAAAUAAUUUGUGAUUUGGUAUCUCCUUUGUACAUAUAUGUAUGAACGAUAUACCAAAUUGUACUCUUUAUUAUACUGAAAUAAUCUUCAUGGUCACAAUCAUCAAAAGGGAACAAUGCCAUUUUUAGAAGCGUUCCUUGGCCAUGAUAAAUUGCUUCAAAUAAUGAAAAUGUGAACAUGGCGUAUUCCUGCUCAGAACGGGAACUAUUUAG